UUAGAAGAUUGGCGGGCUAAUUUUGUUUUGUUGAUUUUUUGUUCAAUCGAGGACUUUAAAGUUAGUUUUUCUGUUUAAACAUGUGUGUUCAAAGAUUAUUUAUAAUAUAUGGUACAUGAUAUAGUUAACAAUCAUGGAUAUGGAAAAUCGUGUGGUUGUUUUGAUUGAUAUGGACUGUUUUUACUGCCAAGUGGAAGAGAAACUGAACCCCGAUCUUGCUGGAAAGCCCAUCGCUGUGGUCCAAUACAACCCCUGGAUGGGUGGAGGUAUUAUAGCCGUGAAUUAUGUAGCCAGAGCCCAGGGGGUGACGAGGGGCAUGCGAGGAGAUGACGCGAGGAAGAAAUGUCCCGACAUAGAGCUGCCAUCGGUGCCAUGUCAAAGGGGAAAAGCUGAUAUUACAAAGUACAGGGAAGCAGGAAAGGAUGUGGCAAAAGUCCUACAAAAGUUUACAACUUUACUAGAGAGAGCUUCCAUUGAUGAAGCUUAUUUAGACAUUACAGCACCGGUGCUGGAAAGGUUAAAAACAGCAGAUAUAAGUAGUGUAACAAGUGAUGCAAUGCCCAAUACAUUUGCCCUCGGAUAUGACAACCUUGACCAGUUUAUAUCUGAUGUGCACAACUAUGGCAGCGACAGCAUCGACUUUGACCAUGACAAUGCCAAGAUGCUACUGGUGGGGGCUGCUAUUGUCAGUGAAAUACGAGCUGCAGUUUAUGCAGAGACUGGCUACCGGUGUUCAGCGGGGAUUGCACACAACAAGAUCUUGGCGAAGCUGGUCUGUGGCAUGAACAAGCCCAACAAGCAGACCGUGCUGCCCAAACACUCUGUUAACAUUCUCUACAAAACUUUAGGAGUUAAGAAGGUAAAGCAUUUAGGAGGGAAGUUUGGCGACGCUGUCUGCGAAAUUCUAAGGAUCACCAAAAUGGCAGAACUGCAGAGGUUCACAGAAAAGGAAUUGCAAUCUAAGUUUGACGAAAAAAAUGGCACUUGGUUAUACAACAUAGCGCGCGGCAUCGACCUGGAGCCAGUGACAGCCAGAUUCAACCCCAAGAGCAUCGGCUGCUGCAAGCAGUUCAAAGGCAAAGCGGCACUCGUACAGCUGGAGAGCCUGAAGAAAUGGCUGAAAGACCUGGGAGACGAGAUAGAAGAUAGACUAGAAAAGGAUGCCCUAGAGAACAAUAGGACGCCUAAACAGAUGGUGGUCAGUUUCUCAACCCAACUGCCUGAUGGAAGGGAUACUAGCAGCUCCAGGUCUUAUAACUUUACUAAUGAAGAUGAACUGUGCGGGGAAAUGUUCUCAAGCAAAGCUCUGGAAUUGGUUAUGGACAGUGUUGAAGGUGUUAAACCUAAAGAUGGUGAACACGACAGAAGACUACAGAUGCCCAUAAAAUUUCUUGGUAUAAGUGUGGGAAAGUUUGAAGAUAACAGUGAAAGUAAGAAGACAAGAAACAUUAUGGACUUCUUUAGUGCUGGGACAUCGAAAGACACUGCCAGUAAUAAAGAGAACACGAAACUGAAUAGUAAUUCCAAAGAAGUGAAAUUAAGCAAAGACAAGAAGAAAACCGAUAAAGAAUACAUUAUGCAGAAGUUCUUUCAAACCACUAGUAAACCAAAUGAAACAGUAGCUAUUCAAAAUCUAGAUCCUACAGUGAAAAUCAAAGUAGAAAAGAAAUCCCCUGAAACUCGACCUAGCCGUCCUGUGAUAGAAACUAGUUUAGACAAACAAGAAUCUUUCUUUGCCAAAUUGCUAACAAAAGGUGUAGCUGAUACAAGCACUAAAAGCCCAAUAAAGAGACUAGUAAAUGAAAGUGAAGAUUUAAAACGAGCUACCACGCCAGUCUGCCAAGUUACUGAGUGUGGGGACAAUAGCAAUGACACAGAUUAUUCUAGUUCUACCAUUAAUAACGAAAUUAACAAAAGCAUUGCGUUAUUUGAAGAGGACCUAGAAGACAUCGCACGGGUUAGUAAUAUGAGAACACUUCUCAAUUCUACUAAAGAAGAUAUUAUUACUGAGGUAGAUGCAGAAAAGGCACCACUUGCUCAAAUUGACCAACCCUCAACCUCCAAACUUCGCACUCCAUCCCCCAAAAAUGAGAUAGAAACAUUUGACUGUCCAGAAUGCAGAAAGACUAUACCAAUGAUAUCAUUUGAAACUCAUGCAGACUACCACCUGGCUCUAAAACUGAGAGAUGAAGAGAGAAAGGAGAUAAGGAAAGAAAGAGAACAGAAGUCUGCGCAGGCGCAGCUUGUAAAGAAAAAUACAGAAGUUGAAGUUAAAGAGGAGCCGAAAGUAGAAACAAAUAUCUCAAUAGCGAGUUUUUUUACUAAAUUUGACAACACACUUCCAAUGAAAGUUUGUACAGAAUGUGGGAAGAAAAUACUAAUAGAAAAGUUUCCAGAACAUUUAGAUUUUCAUGAAGCUCAGAAAUUGAGUAGGCAACUAAAUAGAAAGCCAAUAGUUAAUAACUUCGCUAGCAAUAGUGUUAAGAGGAAGAGAAAAUCAACGUCGCCGGUGAAGAAAUCUAAGAUGCCUUGCAAGACAAUAGAUACGUUUUUCAAAAGCUAAUAUUUACGGCCGAAAUUAUUAUUGUUGUAGAAAUAUUAUGAAAAGUACCUGAAAUAAUAUAACGUAUAUUUUUAGUAAAA